AGACUUGUGGAUCUAUGGGAAUGAGGAGAAGUCUAUGAUAAGCAUGUAACAUGCCGUGGAGAGGGCACAUCGGCAGAUCUUUUUAGUACACCCCUUGCUUUUCGAAUUGUUUGUAGUUGGUACCUUUGUCGCUUUUUGUCUUGGUUAGGAUGGACAUGGGCCAGCAUGCUGAUGGAGAGUCGCACCAUGCCGGUGACGGUGAAAUGGUUGGUUCGAACGAGAGCUCGGAAAGAAAGGGAUCGGAGGAUUUCGAUUCGCCUUUUAGGAAGAAGUUUGGCAAGUUCAAGUUGAACGCUGAUGCCAUCAGGGAGCGAGAGAACCUGUUGAAAAGGCAAACAGAAGACUUGACGAUUCAUUCGAGCGUGUAUGCAAACCAUUCGGUCGUGCCAACUGAUGGAGGGUUGCCAACACAAUCGGACGCGCUGCCACUAGUCUCUCGUCCGAAGAAGUGGAUGCUGGGGAAGCAGUAUCCUGUGCUGGAAGGCCAACUCUACUUCAUGUCUCUGAGAGAUGAAUCGAAGUUGGAGGAGCUGCUGCAGAGAUCGAGAGAGAGGGGAGUCAAACCUGACCGGACUUUCUUUUCGACGGACAAUCUCCUGCUCUACUAUCCUUUCUGUGCUGACUUCGGCCCGUUGAACAUCGCUUGUAUCUACAAGUUUGCUCGACUGCUUGAGUCAAAGCUGGAUGAGAGUUUGUCAAGGGACAUGAAAGUUGUUUAUUUCUGCAGGCAAGAUUUCGGACUUGCACAUUUCAGCGCGGAUAUGCGGCUUAGGACCAAUGCUGUCACAUUACUUGGCUGCUACCUUAUCCUUGUGGAGAACUAUACAGCAGAGGAAGCCUGGUUGCCUUUUGAUUUUGAGGAUUCGAACCCUUUUCUUCAGUAUCAAGACGCUUCAUUCGAGAAGGAAUCAUGGAAGGUCUGCGAGGCAGGUAGCUGUGGAGGUAGGUGGGCUUAUGGUUUGCGGCAGGGAGUUGAGAAAGCGAAGAACGAAAGAUUGAUAGAGAUCGAGCAGUUUGACCUCUCGGUGUACGAGUACUUCGACCAUCCGGCGGUGGCAGACAUGCACGUCAUCAUCCCGGAGAAGUUCAUCGCACUCAAGAACUUCCUUGAGGCCGUACAGCACGCGAUGUGGCAGGCUGGAGAAGGGGGAAUGGAUGCUCUUGAAGAAGCUCUUGAAGCCGUGGAGUGGGAGAGCGGAAACGAAGAUACCAAGCAUGAGUAG